AUGGAGGGGAUGCAGCAGGUCGUGAGCCGGGCCAGAGCCGCCUUCACCUCGGGCCGGAGCCGCUCGCUGGAGUUCAGGCUGCAGCAGCUGAAGGCCCUGGAGCGGAUGGUGCAGGAGAAGGAGCAGGAGAUCCAGGCAGCCCUGCAGGCGGAUCUGCACAAGAGCAGGAUCAAUGUGUAUACCCAAGAGAUCCUGGUCUUACUAAUGGAGCUGACCAUGGCCAUGAACAACCUGCUGUCAUGGACGGCCCCUCAACCUGUGCAGAGGAGUGUGGUGACAAUGUGGGACAAGACCUACAUCCACCCUGAGCCCCUGGGGGUGGUGCUGAUCAUCGGGGCCUGGAACUUCCCCUUUCUCCUUGUCAUGCAGCCUUUGGUCGGGGCCAUCGCAGCAGGCAACGCUGUGGUGGUGAAGCCGUCGGAGGUGAGUGAGCACACGGCUCGGCUGGUGGCUGAGAUCCUGCCCCAGUACCUCGACCCGGAGCUGUACCCCGUGGUGACUGGAGGAGUCCCUGAGACAACAGCACUGCUGGCCCAGAGGUUUGAUCACAUCCUCUACACCGGCAACUCCGCCGUGGGCAAAAUCGUGAUGGCAGCGGCCGCCAAGCACCUGACGCCCGUCACCCUGGAGCUGGGUGGGAAGAGCCCCUGCUACAUCGACAAGGACUGUGACCUGGCUGUGGCCUGCAGGAGGAUAACAUGGGGGAAGUACAUGAACUGUGGGCAAACCUGCAUUGCCCCAGACUACAUCCUCUGUGACCCGUCCAUCCAGAGCAAGGUGGUGGAGAACAUCAAGGCGACUCUGCAGGAGUUCUAUGGGGAAGAUGUGAAGUCAUCUCCAGAUUAUGAAAGGAUCAUCAACAAGCGCCACUUCAAAAGGAUCCUGGGCCUGCUGGAAGGGCAGAAGGUCGCUCACGGAGGGGAGGUUGAUGAGGCCUCCUGCUUCAUAGCCCCAACUAUCCUCACCAACGUAUCUCCAGCAUCCAAGGUGAUGGAGGAGGAAAUCUUUGGGCCAGUCCUUCCCAUUGUGCCCGUGAAGAGCGUGGAGGAAGCCAUUGAGUUCAUCAACGGUCGCGAGAAGCCCCUUGCCCUGUACGUCUUCUCCAACAACAAGCAGCUGAUCAGACGGGUGAUAUCAGAGACCUCCAGUGGCACCAUGGUAGCCAACGACGUCUUCGUGCAGUUUCUGGCUCUGGGGCUGCCCUUUGGUGGUGUGGGUAACAGCGGGAUGGGCGCCUACCACGGCAAGCACAGCUUUGAGACCUUCUCCCACCGCCGCUCCUGCUUGAUCAAGAACCUGAAGAUGGAGAUCAUGAACCAAUUCCGGUACCCACCCCUAAACCAGAGGAAGGUGGAUUGGACCAAGUUCUUCCUCUUGAAGCCAUUUAACAAGGGCCAACCAAGACUGCUCAUCCUGUCCCUGCUGGGGAUUGUGGUAGCAGUGGUGGCAAAGGUGAUCAUGGGAUCUUGGCUGUCUGCAUGA